CCCAUCCCUCUGCCGGCCCCACCCCCGCCGAUGGGCCGGCCCGGCUCUCCCUGCCGAGAGAUGGGCCGGCCCGGCGGCGCGCGGGCAGUGGCGGCGGCGGCGGCCCAAGAUGGCGGAGCUGCAAUUGGACCCGGCGAUGGCCGGGCUGGGAGGGGGUGGUGGGAGCGGGCUGGGCGACGGGAGCGGCUCGGGCCGCGGACCUCCGAGCCCUCGCCCUGCUGGCCCCACGUCCCGCGGGCACAGCCGCCAGCCCACCGCCGCGCAGCCGCUCGAGCCGGGUCCCGGACCGCCCGAGCGGGCAGGGGGCGCCGGCGCAGCCCGCUGGGUUCGGCUGAACGUGGGCGGCACCUACUUCGUGACCACCAGGCAGACCCUAGGCCGGGAGCCCAAGUCUUUUCUCUGCCGCCUCUGCUGUCAGGAAGACCCGGAGCUGGACUCGGACAAGGACGAGACGGGAGCCUAUCUGAUUGACAGGGACCCCACCUACUUUGGUCCUAUCCUAAACUACCUCCGCCACGGGAAGCUCAUCAUCACGAAGGAGUUGGCAGAAGAAGGUGUGCUCGAGGAGGCGGAGUUUUACAACAUCGCGUCUCUGGUGCGGCUGGUUAAGGAAAGGAUACGGGACAAUGAGAACAGAACCUCACAAGGGCCCGUGAAGCACGUGUACCGAGUGCUGCAGUGCCAAGAGGAGGAGCUCACGCAGAUGGUCUCCACCAUGUCUGACGGCUGGAGGUUCGAGCAGCUCAUCAGCAUUGGGUCUUCCUAUAACUAUGGAAAUGAGGAUCAGGCAGAAUUCCUCUGUGUUGUCUCCAGAGAACUAAAUAAUUCUACCAAUGGCAUUGUCAUAGAGCCAAGUGAAAAGGCAAAGAUUCUUCAGGAGAGAGGAUCUCGGAUGUAACUCCAGAACCCUACACACCCAGAGUGCAGCCUGGCAGAGUGCCUCUGGGAAGUGCCAUCUUGCGCCUGUACAGUAACCGAGCUGCUGCCAAGCUAAGCUGAGCCUGGCCCCCGUGGACAGUUUCUGGUCAAACCGAAGGAGCCCCCACCCCACCCACAAGAACAUGAAGACAGAUGCCACGUCCGGCUGCAGAAUUCCUUGUCAGAAACCUGCUUUGUUUCCUUAGCCAGUGUUACAACAAACCUUCACAACCGCAUCUGGGCUGGGUUCCCCGUUGGAGCCCUUAUGGGGAGCUGGGGGGAGAGGAAGGCCUGCGCCGGGCCCAGCCUGGGCUCCAGGGGAGCUGCGGUGAGUGCAGGAGGACUGGCCCCGGGCCGGGCCGGGAUUUCACGCGAGGGGCCGCGGUGGGCGUUGGCAGCCGGCCGCUCUGCGACUCUUUCCCUUCCUUCUACACAUCCCAAACUAACGGAGCAGGUGCCAAGGAUUCUAGCUUCCAUUUGUCAAACUGAACUGAGGUUUUGGAAGAAGGACAGAGUUGCCAGGGGGCCCCACAUUCCUAUGAACUAAGCCUCUUUGAGGAGGGUGGGGGCGUCCUCGCUUGUGGGUGGAGGUUGGGGUUCCUGCCCGGUGUUCUGGGCGGCCCCACUCAGCCCUGCCUCGUUGCCUCCCGCGGCCUGGGCCCUCCAGGCGCCUCACUCCCUUCCCAGGAAGCGCGUCGGGGCAGGCGGCACCCUGCCCUGAACCAGGCCGGAGCCCAGGAUAGUUGACGUAACUGCUUGCGCAGCCCUUUUUCACCCUCCUUGGGCCCGUCUGCCUUCCCUGACUUUAAACUGCAGUGGAGAACUUUGGACCUUCUGGUGGCUCGGGGUGGGGGCGGCUGUUUCUUUGAGGGUUGCUAGGUGUGUUAUGUUGUUGUAUCCAACGUGUUCUUUUUGUGAUUGUCUGUAGGCAAUGCCUUUGACUGAAUGUGUGGUAUUUGUUUGUGUCUCUCUUGGUUUCCAGCCAUGGCGGUCCCGCCCCACAGCCUUUUCAGUGACCCCACGCCUUCCCCACUAGUGUGUGCGCGUGCUGGGCAGCCUGAGGGCUCCCCGCACCCCGGGCCCCACCCCUCACCACCACUUCUUUCUGUGGGGUGCCACGUCCUGGAGGACCAAACGCUUGUUUGACCUGGGGGAGCAAGGCGGUGACCACAGAGCUUCUACCUAGACCUUCUCUUUGAGCUUUGAGUCUUGGAGAGCAGCCACUGAAUGCACAGGGGCCAGAGAAUCCUCGUUUUCCCUCGAUGACUCCCGUGGUGUGGUAAAUGGUCCAGAGCAGGGGGAGCCCCGGGAAUGCCUCGCCACUAAAAGCCGCCUCAAGCCACUCGCUCCUGGUUCCUUCAGAGCCGAGGUCGUCCUGCUCCGCAGCUCAACAGCCUGCUGGCUCGUCUGGGGUCGUAAUUUUUGGAAAUGAAUAUAGACUGUGCCAAACGUCCUUUGAGCUGGUGCCCAGGACUCUCUCUCUGACCUGUUUCUCUGUGUGUAAAGUAGGAUAGAAAUGUGUGUGCGGGGUGUCUGCCACCGCGCCGGCCCGCACGCCGGCCCCGGGCGUGCAUCUUGGCGCCUCAGAAGCCUGGCGCGUGCCCAGGAUUUUGACAGCUGUAAGACGUUGCCUACAAUAAAAGCAGUCACCUCUUCAAAAAGGUCCAAGCAUCAUCCUCUCAUCUUUCAGGAGGGGAAAAAAAAGAUGUCCGUGUGUCAGGAAAAGCUGCUCUGACAGGACGGAGUAGGACAGAGGACUGGGAGGUGCUCUGGCCAAUUUGAAUAAGGAACUCCGUACUGGAAGGAGGACCAGCCCCUGGGGGCUCGCUUUCCGGGGCUGCCUGGCAACCGGCCUCUCCUCCCCAAGCCAGCGCCGGGGCCCACCCCUCAGGAAUGCGCUGUUGUUUUAUUUCAGGAUCCCAGAGUGGGGCCUGUAGAAAGACAGCCGGAUCCCUUGCUAAGUGUUCUGAGCUCUUGGGGAGCUGGCUUUCACCACGUUUCCCUCCUGGUGGCAACCCAGUGACUGAAUUGUUCCAGUGCUCCAGAAAUCUCAGAUGAUCUGUCUGUUGUGGCUUCUGGAAAAGUCUUGUACCCAAACCCUUUAUGAACCAAGGGGGUGUUUUUCCCGGAAGCCUUCUUCCCCUGGCAGAGUCUGGAUGAUAACUUCAGAGAGGUCUGGCCAUCGGCCUGGGGGCGCCACGUGACCAGUGACCCGCGUGGCUCCAGCUGCCCAGCGGGAAGCGUCUUCCUGCUUCGUUCUCUGCCAGGUCCGAGGCCGCAGGCCGUGCAGGCCCAGGGGCAGCCUGGCAUCUCCUGAGUGACCGCCCGCUUCUGUCUUUUCCUCAGAACCUGCUUUUCGCCUUUGCCAGUGCAGUGGGGGCUAGUGCCCUGCAGGGUGACUUUGUUCCUGCGCAGUUUUAACCAUUCUCAGGGGUGUCAGGGCGGAAGGGACAGCGAUGCUGAGGGAGGCCAGCCAAGAGGACACCUCUCCCCUCCGGCGCGGCCCUGGAUCCAGGUGUUCGGGACCAUGCCUGUCACUUGUGGAUGCCCUUUGUUACUGUUUGUGUGUUUGAAGAGUCUGAA